UUAUUCUGUAAUGAUAUCUUAGACUUUUCAAAUUCUUAUUAGUGAUUUUCAAGCUUAAAAAGCAGAACAAGAAGCUUAGUAAAGAAGCUCUUCCCCACCUCAUCUCUCUCUCUCUCUCUCGUCUCUCCCUCUCUCACAUUUAUGCAGAUUCUCUGAUCCACUAGUCCGGUCUCACCUCUUAUCUUAACUAUUAUCAUCAUCAUUAUAUCAAACAAAACAUGAAAGGCAUUGAUAUAUUCUGUGCAUCCCAAGCUUCAACUGCUAUAUGUUUGAGCAUGGACAUUGAAGCUGCUUCAUCCUCCUCCACUUCCUCCACCAUUCAACUUGGCGGCCGAGCCAUCGACCGCCACAAUCCCAUCAUCCGUGACGGACGAAGAAGCGCCCCUUGCUCCUCUCAGCCCCCCAUCAAUCCCAAGCCUUACCACCAACUCCCAAGGGCCAAGAAAAGCUCUAAAAUCAAUGAUCAAAAGAGAAAGAGUACUAGUUCUCAAACCAAGCUUAGUGACUACAUCAAAACUGGCUCUUCUUCUUCUUCUACUAUUACUUUGCCUAGAGAUGUUGUCGGUAGAAAAAGCUGGGGGGCUAAGGCUGCUGAUUUGGUCACUCCUCCUGGUUCCUCGAGAUACCUUUUGGGCGACACCGCAUUUCUCGAUGGAUUGUCGGACUAUGAUCCGGUCCUGUCGUUGGUUCCGGUUCGAAACAAACUGAACCAACUAGGUGCUGCUAGUACUGCUGCCGAUGCAGAGAAGCAAGAACAAUCCAAUGCUGAAAAAUUAGACUCUUCUUCCUCCUCUCAUCACUCCUCCAAACCAUCUUCUUCCAACCAGGUUGUGGUCCUGAGGGUGUCCCUGCAUUGCAGAGGUUGUGAAGGAAAAGUUAGGAAACAUUUGUCCAGAAUGGAAGGAGUGACAUCUUUCAACAUAGACUUUGCAGCAAAGAUGGUGACUGUGGUAGGAGAUGUAACUCCACUUAGUGUCCUGGCCAGUAUAUCAAAGGUAAAGAAUGCUCAAUUUUGGACUAAAGAAGUUGUCUCAUCAACCGCAGCACCAAACUUCACUCCCAGCAACUUGGAGACCAAAAAACAUUAGAUGCCUACUUGAAGAGAGAGAGAGAGAGAGAGAGAGAUGGGAAUCAACUAUAGAUAUGGUUUUGGAUGUGAAUUAGAUGCUUUUUUCUUUUUUUUUUUAUUUUGGUGUAAAUGAAGUUCUUUUUUUUUUUUUUUUAAGCAUAUGGGUGGAUGAACUUUCAGAACCAAAGUUGCUUAGUAGAAAGUAAAUUAGUAUAUAAAAAAAAAAGGGAGUCUUUUAAGCAGUCAUAACAAGUUAUGGUUUAGUCAAUUCCCCAUAACUUUGUUGCAAUAUGGCCAAGGCUUUGUGCUUCCCAAA